UGUUCUAAUUGUUCUAGUUUUGUUGUUUGUUGCUAUUGACUUGAAAUUGCAGUGUUACGAUUUAGUUCCAAAUCCGUAUAGUUAAUAAAUUCGGGCCGAUGUGUGCUGAAUCAUUUGAGAAUUCUCAGAAUGGGGUUUGAAAUAAAAAGGUUUCAAGGUGACGUUGAUGAGGAGCUGAUUUGUCCUAUUUGCUCGGGGGUUCUCGAGGAUCCUUUGCAGGCACCAGCCUGCGAGCACGCCUUUUGUCGCGCGUGUAUCACAGAGUGGAUCAGCCGUCAGCCGACUUGUCCGGUGGACCGCCAGGCGGUCACAGCAAGCCAGUUGCGACCAGUUCCGCGGAUACUACGUAACCUGCUGUCCAGGUUGUGCACAAGUUGCGACAAUGCCCCUCAUGGGUGCAACUCUGUGCUAAAGCUGGACUCCCUGGCGUCCCACUUAGUUGAAUGUGAAUACAACCCUAAACGACCAAUGCCAUGCGAGGCCGGCUGCGGCCUCGUGAUACCGAAGGAUGAGCUGGAGCAGCACAACUGCGUGCGGGAGCUGCGAGCGCUCAUCGCCACGCAGCAGGGCAAGCUCACAGACUUCCAGCAGGAGUUGGCGGAGCAAAGACUGGUCAUCAAUGAGCAUAAGAGGGAACUCGCGCUUUUGAAGGAGUUCAUGCGCGCGAUGCGCGUGUCGAACCCGGCGAUGCGGGUGCUGGCGGACCAGAUGGAGCAGGAGGAGGUGCUGCGCUGGGCCAACUCGCUGGCGCGCGCGCGCGUCACGCGCUGGGGCGGCAUGAUCUCCACGCCCGACGACGUGCUGCAGAUGAUGAUAAAGCGCAGCCUGUCGGAGUCGGGCUGCCCGCCGCACAUCAUCGACGAGCUCAUGGAGAACUGCCACGAGCGCCGCUGGCCGCCCGGCCUCUCCUCGCUCGAGACCCGCCAGAACAAUAGAAGAUUGUACGAGAAAUACGUGUGCAAGCGUGUGCCCGGCAAGCAGGCCGUGCUGGUGCUGCAGUGCGACAACACGCACGUCGACGAGCACAUGAUGAUCGAGCCCGGCCUCGUCAUGAUCUUCGCGCACGGCAUAGAGUAGCACGGCACGUGACGC